ACGAGAAGGCACCGGUCACCGGACUUGAGAGUGAGAGAGAAAUCAUCUAUCAGAGGUUUCGACCCAGGCGGUGGGUGCCCGUCGAUACCUGGAUACGUGAACUUCAGGCCGUUGAUCUCUAUUGUUGGUUCUUGAUGCUCCAGGACACCCAUCUUCCUCUCUCUUCCUCCACAAUAGACCCCAGGGGAGUAGGUAAAUCUGUGCAGCUUCUCCUCUACUAAUACAUCUGCCUCUUACCUAACUCUUCUAAUGGCCCGACGUGGCAUGUUGAGAGAGUAACACGUGGCUCUAUAAUAUCAGGACCGAAUGGGGUUCCACAGGACAAACGGUGCAGAUCUGUAGGUAAUUUUUUUUUCCCACUGAGAACGUUCCGAUCUCAUUGUUAGGGUUUUGAGUCCUCCUUUUUCUAGCUGUUCAGAUUCCGAGAAAGUGUCUGGAAAUGGCAGCGAUUUACAGCUUAUACAUUAUCAAUAAAUCAGGUGGUUUGAUCUUCUACAAGGAUUAUGGUUCUGCCGGACGGAUGGAUACGAAUGAUAGCUUACGAGUAGCUAGUUUAUGGCAUUCAAUGCAUGCUAUCUCUCAACAGCUAUCACCAACCGUUGGUUGUUCAGGCAUCGAACUCCUUGAAGCAGAUACAUUUGACCUCCAUUGUUUCCAAUCCCUUACUGGGACAAAGUUCUUUGUGGUCUGUGAACCUGGGACGCAGCACAUGGAGGGUCUCUUGACAGUCAUAUAUGAAUUGUACACCGAUUAUGUUUUAAAGAACCCCUUCUAUGAAAUGGAGAUGCCUAUACGAUGCGAACUCUUUGACAUCAACCUAACACAGGCAAUACAGAAGGAUCGUGUUGCUUUGCUAGGGCGAUAAAUCACUUGAAGAAUUUUGUCCCAAUAAUUGUCUUGUUAUUUUCAUUUGUUUAUUUACCAUGGUUGAAGAAUUGAAUUUUGGAACACAUUUGGUUUA